CGCGCGAGGUAGGCGUCGAACAACGCGUCCCGUGUAGUUGGCAGCGCAAGCGAGACCGGCAUCGUGCCCUCCGUGUAUGCCUGCUUGCGUGCUUGAUUGAUUGCUUACUCUGCUCCACCAUCAUCUACGUCUAGUUCUCCGCGACCUCUUCCCCUCCCCGUCCCCGCAACGCCAUUCCAACCCUCCUCUGCACGCCACUCUCUGUGCUUGUCCGUUGAAUCCCGGCUCACCAGCUCCGCGAUGCGCGUCAUGGCUUGCAAUUAAGUCGAGACUGAUUAGUCGUUUCCGUCAAGCCGCCGUUUCGCCUCUUUCCUACGCUCCGCCCUCUAGUUUCUCCUCCAGCAGCACCGAACCCGGGUUUCAUUAAGUGCCUCAGAUGUCUCUCUGGAAGAUUGAAUUGAGUUCCUGAGGUGAUUAGUGAUUCUCGUGUUGUGGGUGUGGGUGUGGGUGUGGAUUUGGGAUUUGAGAAAUUUUCGGGCAAUUGGGUUGUGGCGAUGGCUGCGAGAGUAUGAUGAGAGCGUGAUGAGAGCUUCACCGGUAGGUUGCCCACCUCGAGAAACCCCCUCUUUUUUGUAUGUUUGGGGUGAAUUUUGAGAAAUUGGAAUCAUGUUUUAGGGCAGUAGGAGUUUCAGUAGAUCUUUUGCCGUGUCGAUGACGUGGAGUCCUAUAUUUGGGGAACAGUGGGGCGAAAUUGCACAAGCUGUGGCAAAUCGUAAUUCAUCGUAUUGUUGCAGUAUAGGAAUAUGUAGCGGUUGAAUGGGAGCGGUCAUGUGGGCUUGGAAUAGGAACAACCAUGAGGAAGGCCAGGGAAUUGCGGGGGAUGCGAGAAACUUAUCAUUCUAAUUGAGCGGGUUCAACGCCAGACUAGUUUGUUAGAUAUCGUAAAGAACAUAUGCUGUGUCACUCUCACUGGAUCACUGAUAUUCGGCCAGUGCUUAGACGCUGUUGGAGGUUUCAGAGACCUUUGAAGGUGGUAUUGGGAGAUGGUGAGAGAUGACUUAGUGAGAUGGGGCCUUCAUGAGCUUGAGGGCAGCGGGUAUGUUGCAAAUGAUGCAGGAACCAGUGGCACCGCAUCAGUGAAUGUAGUAGUCGAAACCACUGUUCAAAACAAUUACGAUCCUACUGCUCCUGUUCUCUACUGGGUGAAUGAAGGAAUUCAAGUUGCAGUUGGAGAAGUCGUUAGAGCUGAAGAAGUAGAGCAAAAUGAAGAAAUUUCUGUUCCUUUUCAAUUUUCUCCGCCACCAAUUCCACCAUCGCCAACUACUGCCAACGACGCGGUGAUUGCUCAGGCGCUGCAUGAAGAAUUUCAAAAAUUAGCUGCCGCUGAAGCUGCUGGACAGGCUUGCGCCAAAGACAAGGAAGCAGUUCUUGUGCAGAAUUGGGUUGAAAGUGCAGCAAGUGACACCAGUUCUGGGGAAGGGAGUUCGGAUCCUGUUGAAAAAGGUGCUUCAGCGUCCUCUUCGGCUUCAGUAGGGAAUCCCUACGGACACGUGACUGUUCACUACUGCGAAAAUUCCAAGGAAGACAUGGAUAGGCGAAACACAGGUUCUUUGUCGAAUCCAUCAACUGUCUCAAGCUCACAAGACCCAUAUUCGCUCGAUGAUGAUGAUAGACAAAUGGCAUUAGCACUUUCUGAAGAGUAUCAACGCUUGGACCGAGAGGUCGCGAAUCGGCUUACGAAGCUGGAAUCUUUGAAGCAUGUUCCUCGAACAAAUCAGUCGUUUCCUACUUAUGAGGACGCGUCUGCUGAUCACCAACGGCUUCUGGAUAGGCUGGUAUUGUACGGAUUGACAGAGCAAAAGAUCAAAGGUGAUGGCAACUGUCAGUUUCGUGCUCUUUCAGAUCAACUGUAUCGCAAUCCAGAACUUCACAAGUAUGUGAGGAAGCUAGUUGUGAAGCAGCUGAAGGCAAACCCAGAGGUGUACUCAAAUUACGUGCCCAUGAAAUAUUCGGAUUACUUGAAGAAAAUGGCCAAGAACAGUGAGUGGGGUGAUCACGUAACUUUGCAAGCGGCGUCUGAUCAUUUUGGCGUCAAGAUCUCUCUAAUCACCUCGUUCAGGGACACCUGCUUCAUUGAGAUUAUACCCGAACAACAAAAGUCUCCAAGAGAGAUAUAUUUAAGCUUCUGGGCUGAAAUCCAUUACAACUCAAUCUAUCCUGUGGGAAGUGAGUUUCUGUAUCAUUUUGUGUCUGUCACGUUAAACUUCGUUUCUCUUCAACGUGUUUCAUUUGUCUUGAGUUGAACUGAAUUAAGUCUGCUAGGCUUGUAUUCGAUACUGAAUGGCUUUUUCCAGUCAAGGGUCCUUGGAAAAGGUACAUAGUGGCUGUAUUCUGCAUUUUAUUUUGUGAAUGUCAGACUCUCUGCGUUGAGUGCUGAAAUAGUCUGGAAAUUGAUUAGAAUGUAAAGUGGAUGUUGGAACGAUUAAGAUAUUUGGUUAUUAUUCUAAUACUUAGACAUUA